UGUUGUUUUGCUUAGUUCUAUUCACAAUACGCAUAUUUUAAUAGGUAGACACGGUGUGGUACUUCAUUACACGUCCAUAAGUCGUCAGGUUCAAUCGAUCGCGAGUGCUCGAUGUGAACUAGCCAUUCAAUAUCAACAUAUCAUCAACAUUGUGCCGGAGGUUAAGCCGCUAAACCGCCGACUAAAAUUAAAGCUUUGUGCUUUCAAAUCACGUGCACAAAGCGAAUCUCAAGUGAACUGUGAACUUCAACACAACACCUUUUUGAUAAUAAUAGCCUUGAUUUUCUGAUAGGCGAUUGAUGCCCAACUGUUUGGCUGUUAACCUAAGAAAGCGUUUUGUGUGCGGCAAGUUGGCGCGCUUUUUUAUUCGUUGCUGAAGUUGCAGGGAGUUGUUCGUGAGGGUAGCGAGGCCUACUACCCCCCUCGUGCCAGGCACAAAGGGUUACGCCGUGCUGUUACCGCGUUACCGGUUUGCCAAAGUUUGAUACUUUUGAUAGCGGACUGCUUUUUCGGCCCUUUGGAGUCAUGGCGGUGGAUGGCAUUGAUCUAGUCGGGUGCGAAUUCGACUGCAGCAUGGACGCGUGCUUCACGGCGUUUGAUAAGAACGGCGAUGGAAAAUUAGACAUUGACGAAUUUCGUCUCAUCACGCGUGCGUUAUUCCGAAAUGACCGUGGAAGAAUCUACACGCUGGAAGAAGAAAAACUCAAGGAGAUCUUCAAUGUUUUCGAUCAAAAUGGCGAUGGAUACAUUGACAUCGACGAAUUUACAUUCUGCUGGAAUCAUUGGAUUAAAAUCAUUGUGCGCCCAAUCGCAGUGUUUUUAAUCAUCGACGUCCAAAAUGACUUCAUAAGCGGCACGCUAAACAUCAGCAAUUGCUCAGCUCAACAAAAUGGUUUUGAGGUUAUCGAACCGAUCAAUCGCAUAUUGGAAACAGUGCAAUUCGACGCUGUCUUCUACUCGUUGGAUUGGCAUCCCAGUGAUCAUGUGUCUUUCAUCGACAACAUAAAACUGCGAGAAAUCCAUCCGGAGAGUCCAUUAAUGGCCGACAACGCAAAAACCUACGAUACGGUCAUUUUCGCUGGGCCACCACCGAUGAAACAACGUCUAUGGCCGCGACAUUGUGUGCAGGACACGUGGGGAUCCGAACUACACAAAGAUUUAAAGGUAUUGAAUAACGCUAUCAAGGUGUACAAAGGCACUAACCCCGAGGUGGAUUCCUACUCGGUGUUCUGGGAUAAUAAAAAAUUAACCGAGACGACGCUCAGUGCGCAGCUACGCAUGAAGAAUGCGACGGAUAUUUAUAUCUGCGGGUUGGCAUACGAUGUCUGUGUGGGGGCUACAGCAGUGGAUGCUUUAGCAAUUGGUUACCGUACCAUAUUAAUGGAUGAUUGUAGCCGUGGAGUGGAUCUACUCGACAUUGAGAAGACGAAGAACACGGUGGUGAAGAACAAUGGCGUGAUUGUAAACUCGGAUCAAGUCAAGGCGAUGGUCGAGGGGCGAGAUCGACGCCCGGAACUCGGGUAUAAACUCGCCAUGGAGCUGAAAGCUAAUUUAGUUUCGUCAUAAAUUUAGAAUCUUGCCUUACAGAAGAAAAAAACAACAGUAUUUUUAGGUUAGGUUAGGUUAUAUUAGGUGAUAGAUGCGUUUACUCUUGGGUUUUGUUCUGUGUUGUGUGGCCGAAUAAAGAAAUUAGUUUUA